CUGCUUCCAACACCUCUUUAGACAUCAUGAAGGUCGCCGCAUCAUCCGUUAUCGCAUUACUAGCGCCAGCUGUCGCGGGUCGUUUCGUUGAGGCGAACGAAGGCGACAAUGUACAGCUCUACCCCGACGGCGUCUGGGCCGAGGCAACCGAACAGUACCUGAUCGAGUUGGGGCCUGGCGACACGCGAUGGGUUUCGGAGGAGGAGAAGUGGGAGCUGAGGCGUAACGGCCAGCGUUUUAUGGACAUCACCGACACGCAGUACCUCGGCGCAUCUCGCCUCAACGCCCAAUCGAGCGUCGUCUUCCCUGCCAAGGUAGCUUUCCAGGAUGAAGUCAAGCCCCUCCUCAAGAACCUGUCGAAGACGAACAUGCACGACAACCUCGAGAAGUUCACGUCCUUCCACACGAGAUAUUACAAGUCAGACUACGGAAAGCAGUCAUCCGAGUGGCUGCUGCAGCAGAUCAAGGAUAUCAUCCAUGAGUCUGGCGUAGAGAGUAUAUAUGCGGAGCCUUUUCCCCACAGCUGGCAGCAGUCGUCCAUCAUCGCCACGAUCCCUGGGCAGACCAACUCUACGGUUGUGGUUGCCGCCCACCAGGACUCUAUCAACCUCUGGCUGCCAUCGAUUCUUGCGGCGCCGGGUGCGGACGAUGAUGGUAGCGGGACUGUCACGAUUCUGGAGGCGUUCCGGGUAUUCCUGACUUCGGACGCAGUGCAAAAUGGAGAGCUGGAGAACACAGUCGAGUUUCACUGGUACUCGGCCGAAGAAGGUGGUCUCCUGGGAAGCCAAGCCAUCUUCGCAGACUACGAGCGGAACGGUCGAGAUAUCAAAGCUAUGCUGCAACAGGACAUGACCGGCUUCGUCCAGCGCACGGUUGAUGCAGGCAAGCCAGAGAGUGUUGGCGUGAUUGUCGACUACGUCGACAAGAAGCUCACCGAGUUCAUCAAGAAGAUCAUUGUGGAGUACUGCGACAUCCCUUUUGUUGAGACCAAGUGCGGGUAUGCUUGUAGCGACCACGCGUCUGCCUCCAAGGCUGGCUAUCCCUCGGCUUUUGUCAUCGAGUCAGCUUUCGAGGACAGUGAUAACCAUAUCCACUCUACCGACGAUGUAUUGAAGUAUCUCUCGUUUGACCACAUGCUCCAGCACGCCAAGAUGACGCUGGCCUUUACAUAUGAGCUUGCUUCUACAAACUUUGUGAAGCUUCAGGGCGGCGGUGCGGUGGACGAGCUGUAGACACAGCAUCUGACGAACUGCAACAAGUGUGUAUAACAUCUGAUUUGCUUUUGGGACAGUGGGAGCCAGGAGAGGGGCGCGCGCCCCUGCGUGUCUUCUGACCUGUUCCGGUCGUUUAGGUUUUUCAAUGUUGUCAAUCUGUGUCUUUGGAUGAUGGAUGUCGGCAGAUUUUAGGUAUCAAUUGAAUCAAGCGAAUUGGCAUUUGGCAAAUGUUACAGCAGAUAAAUCACAAUUCCUUCCAUUUAUACAUACAAAUAACCCGGC